CUUCGAGAAGCACCAGAACUCUCUAGUCUGCUCCUCUAACUUCUCUUUCUUUAUAAUUACAUUUCGUUCCUUCCAAAUUUUGCAAAUUACCCCUAAAACCCUAAAAAAUCCGAUAUCGUCUUUCCCAAAACCAGAUCCAAAAGCCAGCAGAUUCAUCCACCGAUGGCCGACGAAGCCAAAGCCAAAGGCAACGCCGCCUUUUCCUCUGGUGAUUUCAACGCCGCAAUCAAACACUUCACCGAUGCUAUAAACCUUUCCCCCACCAACCACGUCCUUUACUCUAACCGAUCCGCUGCGUAUGCUUCUCUCCAUCAAUACGAGGCCGCAUUGUCGGACGCCAAAAGGACCGUUGAGCUUAAACCUGACUGGUCUAAAGGUUACAGCAGGCUCGGCGCGGCUCACCUCGGUUUGCACCAAUAUCAAGAUGCUGUUUCGGCGUAUAAGAAGGGUCUGGAGAUUGAUCCUAAUAAUGAAGCUUUGAAGUCUGGAUUGGCUGAUGCUCAAUCGGCGGCGACGGCUUCGGCUUCGCGUUCUAGGGCUGCUCCGCCACCUAAUCCGUUUGGUGAUGCUUUUCAGGGACCGGAGAUGUGGGCGAAGUUGACUGCUGAUCCGACUACUAGGGUGUUUUUACAGCAGCCGGAUUUUGUUAAGGCGAUGCAAGAGAUUCAAAGAAAUCCUAGCAAAUUGAAUGAGUAUUUGCAAGAUCAGAGGGUUAUGCAAGCUUUGGGUGUUUUGUUGAAUGUUAAGUUUAAGGCACAUGGUGGUGGCGAUGAUAUGGAGAUUCCAGAGGCGGAUUCACCUCCAGCUCCGUCUCCUUCACGUCCAGCUAAGGAGGAGGUGAAGAAGCCUGAGCCCGAGCCUGAACCAGAACCGAUGGAAAUUACGGAAGAAGAGAAGGAGAAAAAGGAGAAGAAAGAGAAAGCUUUAAAGGAGAAGGAGGCUGGCAAUGCUGCAUAUAAGAAGAAGGAUUUUGAGACGGCUAUUAAGCAUUACACGACAGCAAUGGAGCUUGAUGAUGGAGAUAUUUCGUACAUCACUAAUCGGGCUGCUGUUUAUUUGGAAAUGGGCAAGUACGAGGAUUGCAUUAAGGAUUGUGACAAGGCUGUUGAAAGAGGUAGAGAGCUCAGAUCAGACUAUAAAAUGAUAGCAAGAGCUUUGACUAGGAAGGGAACUGCUUUGGUGAAGAUGGCAAAAUGCUCGAAAGAUUACGAACCAGCUAUUGAGACUUUCCAGAAAGCCCUUACAGAGCAUCGCAAUCCAGACACAUUGAAAAAACUAAAUGAUGCUGAAAAAGCAAAGAAGGAUUUGGAACAACAAGAGUACUUUGAUCCAAAGAUAGCAGACGAGGAGCGUGAGAAAGGGAACGAAUUUUUCAAGCAGCAGAAGUAUCCCGAGGCUGUGAAGCAUUAUACGGAAUCAUUGAGAAGAAAUCCGAAAGAUCCAAAGGCAUACAGCAACAGAGCUGCAUGCUACACAAAAUUGGGUGCAUUGCCCGAGGGGCUAAAAGAUGCUGAAAAGUGCAUUGAGCUUGACCCAACCUUUUCCAAAGGUUACACAAGAAAAGGUGCUGUUCAGUUCUUCAUGAAAGAGUAUGACAAAGCUUUAGAAACAUACCAGGAAGGGUUGAAACACGAUGCCAAUAACCAGGAGCUGCUCGAUGGUGUUCGAAGAUGCGUAGAACAGAUCAACAAAGCCAAUCGAGGUGAUUUGAGCCCCGAAGAACUGAAGGAAAGACAGGCUAAGGCAAUGCAAGAUCCAGAAAUUCAGAACAUUCUCUCAGAUCCUGUAAUGAGACAGGUUUUGAUUGAUUUCCAGGAAAAUCCGAAGGCAGCACAAGAACACAUGAAGAACCCUAUGGUGAUGAACAAGAUCCAAAAGCUGGUCUCUGCUGGAAUUGUGCAAAUGAGAUAAAUUGUAAAAGUGAUCAAUUUUAACUUAAUUGCUUUUUUUCCUUCAUAGUAAAUUUGUACUUGCAAUUGUCCGAAUUUGAGUGGAUUAAUCCAUAAAAAAACUAGUUUUCAGUUGGAAAAAUUGUUCAAAAGUUCGAAUGGGAUUUGAUUUAUUUUA